GCGGGGCGCACCUGUGUGACGUCAGCGGGGCGGGGCGUACCUGGGUGACGUCAGCGGCGGCGGCGGCCAUGGCGGCGGGGCGGUUCUUCCCGCUGCUGCUGCUCCUGCUCCUGCCCGCGGCCGCCGCCAUCGAGGCCCGGCCCGGCCCCAACCGGCUCCUCCCGCUCGAGCUGUGCUCGCUGCCGAAGGCGGUGGGACGGUGCCGGGCCUCGAUGCCGCGCUGGUGGUUCAACGCCACCGGCGGCUCGUGCCAGAGCUUCGUCUUCGGCGGCUGCGAGGGCAACGGCAACAACUUCCCGACGGAGCGGGAGUGCCGGGAGAGCUGCGCCCGCCGCGCCGCUCCGCAGAAGCCCGAGCACCGCGCCGAGCCCACGGACGCCGCCUUCGACGAAUACUGCACCGUGCCCCGGGUGACGGGGCCGUGCCGGGCGUCCUUCCUGCGCUGGUACUACAGCCCCGGCAACCGGAGCUGCCGCCAGUUCAUCUACGGCGGCUGCCGCGGAAAUAAAAAUAAUUAUCAGAACGAAGAGGAUUGCCUGAACCGCUGCGGGCCCAAGCCAGAAAAUACUGGCGGCGCCGGUGCCGACCUCCGCAGGGAUCUUCUCUCCAGCAGAGCGCUGGCACUGGGGGUGCUCCUGGCCGUCCUGGCAGCUAUUUUGUUGGGUUACGUGACGGACGUCACCCUCAAGACGUGCCGGAGAAAACCGGAGCUGCCGGGAGCGGGAACGGGCUGGAGCCCCGGGGACGACAAGGAGUAUCUGAUGAGCAACGCCUACACCCUCUGAGGGGGGGGGAGCCCCCUUUCUGGACCCCCCAGAAGCGGGGAGACCCCCCCCCCCCCCUCUUUCCCCCAAAAUGACUUCUCUGGUGCAUUUUGGGCACCUCGCUUGUUCUUUAUAAUUAUUUUUCUCUUUUUGGGGCGGGUUGGUUCGUGUGUUGUUUUUUAUUUUUAAUUCUUUUGUAGUAAAACAGGUGUGGGGGAUUGCGGGGGGGGGGGGGGGCGGGAGGCACCCCUAAAAUCACUCACCCCCCCUUGGGUGGGAGGGGGACUCCCCUUUUCCCAGCUCUUCCCACUGGGAUUUGGUGGCUGGCUGGACCCGAGAGGGCUGGGGCCCUCUUCCAGUGAUUUGGGGGGGGGUCACAGUGAUUUUUGGGGUGGGGGGGAUCCCAUUGAUUUUUGGGGGGGGGGGGGGGUCCCAGUGAUUUCAGGGGGCCCCAUCCCCUUGCUUUGUGGGGGUGGGUGGGCACAGGGGGGGGGGUAUUUGUGAUUAUUGAAUCAACCAGAUUUGGGGGUUUAAUUAUUAAUUUGGGGUUUUAUAUAUUAGAGGGAUUUUUUUUUUUUUUUCCUAAAUAAAGGGAGAUGUGAAUCACCCUCUA